GGAAGGCCCAUGGGGCAGAGCCAGGAUUGCUGGCCCCAAGGCUUACCCCUCCUUCCUCUACCAGGAGCAAGUCUUGGAGCCUGCAACGGCCAGAACCAGUCUCCCUGCAACUGAAGACAGAUUGCCGUGUGCUGGGCCUGAGAGAGAUCCUGAAGACGUAUGCAGCUGAUGUGCGCCUUGAUCCAGACACUGCUUAUUCCCGCCUCGUCGUGUCUGAGGACAGAAAAUGCGUGCACUAUGGAGACACCAAGCAGAAACUGCCCGACAAUCCUGAGAGAUUCUACCGCUAUAACAUCGUCCUGGGCAGUCAGUGCAUCUCCUCAGGCCGGCACUACUGGGAGGUGGAGGUGGGAGACAGGUCUGAAUGGGGCCUGGGAGUGUGUAAAGAAAACGUGGACCGGAAGGAGGUGGUCUAUUUAUCCCCCCACUAUGGAUUCUGGGUGAUAAGGCUGAGGAAGGGAAAUGAGUACCGGGCAGGCACCGAUGAAUACCCCCUGCUGUCCUUGCCAGUCCCUCCCCGCCGGGUGGGUGUCUUCCUGGAUUAUGAGGCCCAUGAUAUCUCCUUCUACAAUGUGACCGACAACGGCUCUCACAUUUUCACUUUCCCCCACUAUCCGUUCCCUGGGCGCCUCCUGCCCUAUUUCAGUCCUUGCUACAGCAUUGGUGCCAACAACACUGCUCCCCUGGCCAUCUGCUCCCUGGACGGGGAGGACUAGGAGAGCUACCAUCUCUGCCAGAGGCCCUGGAAUUUCUCCUGGGCCACAGGGGUCUUGGAGGGCCCUGCCCCUGGCAAGGCUGCCUUUGAACUGAGCCGAACCUAGAAUCCAAGGACUUUUCUGCCUGGCUCAGUGGUCUGCUGCUCCUGAGCCAGAGUCUUGCACUAAACCACUCCUGUGAAAGAGUUAAGGC